UGCUCAACAAUAUUACUCUUUCCUGAACAGACCGGAUUUUUACCACCCCUAAUUACAAUUGCUCUUAGGGCUUUCAUACACUUGCCGCCCAUAAAAGACGCAAAUCGAAGCAAGAAGGGUUUCAAUUUCUCUGCAUUUCGAAAGUUUCAACAAUCAGUAAAAAGGGUUUUCGUGUAGUUGCGUGUUACAGAAAUGGCUUCUCCACCGGAGGAGUCAAAAGGCAAUGGAAGAGUCGUAGAAUUGGAAGAAAUAGAAGGAGACGUCGUGGCAACCACCGACUACAUCUUCGAGAACAUUGGCCAACCGGUGCCGGUGUUAAAAGACUCGUCCUCUACCGCAUAUGACUUCGAAAGCCCUCCGUCGCAGGCUCUUGCAGUCUCGGAGCGUUUCGAGCUCACCUUCGCUGCUCACCCGUCUGGAUUUUAUGCUGUGAGGACCAAGGAUGUUAUUGAUUCGGCCAAGGAAAUCAAGGAGAAGGGGACGGGAUUGUCUUUGCAAGAGUUGAGUGUUGUGGACCUUCCAAUUGGGAAGGUUCACAUUUUGGCUCUGUCUGUUGACUCUUCGACUCUCGCUGUUGGUGUUGGUGGAGAUAUUCAUUUGUUUGCUGUCGAUGCGCUUCUCAAGAAGGAGCUAAAACCAGCUAUCUCUUGUUCACUCGACGAGUCAAGUUGUGUCAAAGACAUACGAUGGAGUAAUAAGCCAGAGAAUGCUUAUGUUGCUCUUUCAAAUCAAGGGGAGCUGUAUCACGGGGGCAUUGAUGGCUCUCUAAAUGAUGUCAUGAACAACAUCGAUGCUGUUGAAUGGAGUAUUAAAGGCAAGUUUAUAGCUGUCGCAAGGAAGGACACCCUUAGCAUUCUGUCUUCUAAAUACGAAGAAAGGCUGAAGAUGUCCCUAUCAUUCAAGUCAUGGAGUGGCAAUUCUGAUGAUAACUCCAUUGUAAAAGUGGAUACUAUCAGGUGGGUCCGCCCUGAUUGCAUAGUUCUAGGAUGCUUUCGACUGACUGCAGACGGCAACGAGGAAAAUUACGUUGUGCAAGUACUCAAAAGCAAGGAAGGCAGCAUUACUAAUGCUUCUUCUCAGCCAGCUGCUUUAUCCUUCUAUGAUAUCUUUCCAGGAUUGGUCGAUGACAUUGUGCCCUCUGGAAGGGGACCUUAUUUAUUCUUUAGCUAUUUAGACCAAUGUGAGCUCGCAAUUGCUGCAAAUGUGAAAAAUACAGAUCAACAUAUUGCUUUGCUUGAUUGGUCUCGAGAUGAUUUGAAGAGUGAAGUCGCAGUUCUUGACAUUGAACGAGAUACGUGGCUUCCAAGGAUUGAGCUUCAAGAUAACGGUGAUGAUAAUUUGAUCGUUGGGCUUUGCAUUGAUAAGGUCUCUGUAUAUGGAAAAGUGAAAGUCCAACUUGGAGUUGACGAAGAGAAAGAACUUUCACCUUAUUGUAUUCUCAUGUGUCUUACUCUAGAGGGAAAGCUUGUGAUGUUUAAUCUUGCAAGUGCUACAGGAUAUAAAGUCUCACCUGGGAUUGUUCCUGCCUUUCGUGAUGAGGAGGAUACUGUGACUAUGCUACCUGCUGAAAAUAGUUCAUCCAAACUAUCUUCGGAUAUGAAGGAACAAAACCGAGAACAAGUUGCUUCAUUGCAAGAUGUGAACAGAAAGGAAAUAGAUACAAGUAAAGCUCCUGAAAUUCCUAUUAGGGAAAAUCUGAUGUCUUCAGAGAAGACUGAGAGUUCAAGUUUGACACUCGUGAGCUCUCACAUAAGACACAAAGAUACUGUAACUGUUAACCAGGAAAUGGAGACAAAGGCAAAUCCUAAUUCUUUUAUGGUUGAUGGGCAGCAAAAAGUUCCUGCCAUAGGGUUGCACCGGGACACCGAUGGUCAUCCUACAGGGUUUUCUUCACAGAAAUUCUUAAAUUCAGGUCAAUCAACUUCAAAGACUUCAGCUGUUGAGGGUUAUUAUACGGGUAGAGAUUCUAGCAAGUUGGAUGCCCAAAGAUUUUCUGGAUUCAGAUCUAGUAAUUCUUCUUUUGUAGGAAAAGCUCCAACUGAUACCCCCAGUCAAUUGAAUCAAAAUACAUUACAUAAACACGUAGAUCUGGGUACCGAUUCACUGGGAAAAAAUGGACCUAUGGGUCUGCAGAGUGCCUUAUCUCAGUCAUGGUCAGGUGGGAAAACGAUGUCUUCUGGUGGUUCUGAUACCAGGUCUCAAUUUUUAUCUUUCGGCAAUACACAAGGCAAAAGAACUGAUAACAUUGGAGCUUAUGUUGGUGGUAUGAAAGUUCAUGGCAACAUUGGUGAACAGACUUUUAAGAGGGAUGUUUCCAGCAAAUUAUCUUCUAUCAAAUUUUCCUCUAAGCCAGCAGAGAGUGGAGGACAGAAAACAACUGGGACAAUGAAGGUUGACUCAUUGGCUUCUACUUGCAGCUCGCAAAUUUUGUCCAAAGAAGAAAUUUCAUUUGGGAAUUCUAACAUCCAUAAGACUGACAUUACCAAGGAUGAAUUUAAACUUCCAACUCCUCUGGGGAUGGUGAAUUGUGAACCAAACCGAUCAAAACAAUUUGGCAAUAUCAAAGAUAUGACCAGAGAGUUGGAUAUGCUUUUGGAAAGUAUAGAAAAAGACGGUGGCUUCAAGGAUUCCUGCACCGUUCUUCUGAAAAGCUCAGUUGAAACACUGGAGACGGGCAUAAGAGCUCUCUCUGACAAAUGCAGAAUCUGGAAGGACACUGUGGAUGAGCGGGUGAUGGAGAUCCAAUGCCUUCUUGAUAAAACUGUUGAAGGAUAUGCUUACAUGGUUGUUGGAGGAGCGAAAUUUAACUUCUUUUUGGCAAGGAAAAUAUACAUAGGGGGUAUUGUCAAGCAAGCUUCUGACAGUAAAUAUUGGGACCUCUGGGAUCGUCAGAAGUUGAGUUCUGAACUUGAGCUGAAGCAGCGACAUAUCUUGCAAUUAAACCAGGAUAUUACCAAUCAGUUAAUUGAGCUAGAGAGGCAUUUCAAUACCCUUGAGCUCAAUGAAUUUGGCGAGAAUGGUGAAGUUCACGCUGGUCGAAGGGCUCUUCAAAGUAGAUUUGGUUCUUCAAGGCGCCUACAAUCCUUGCACAGUUUACAUAACACAAUGACUUCUCAAUUGGCUGCUGCUGAACAACUUUGUGAAUGUCUCUCAAGACAAAUGGCUCUGCUGAAUAUUGAGUCACCUGCAAAACAAAAAAAUAUUAAAAAAGAAUUAUUUGAAACUAUUGGAAUCUCCUAUGAUGCCUCUUUCAGCUCUCCAGAUUUAGCAAAAAAUGUUGACAGCUCUUCAAUGACGAAAAUACUAGUUGCUUCUGGAUCUGCUACUAAAGAUCAGUGCAAAAGGCGCCAUUCAAGUGGUAUGAAAAGUUCUGAUUCGGAAACUGCGAGGAGACGGAGAGACUCGUUGGAUCGGAGUUGGGCUAGUUUUGAGCCUCCAAAAACAACUGUGAAAAGGAUCCUUUUGCAAGAUUCUCAGAAGGCACGUGCGAGUAAAUCGUCCUCAUUGAUUGAUAAGCAGCUCAUUGGUCCUUACAACCUGGAGCUAUCAGCAGGUGCUUGCCCAAAGGAUAGCUCGACUCAGUUGACCAUUUCAUACACGCCUGGAAACAAAGGUGUUCAGGAUACAUUCCUCAAACAGGCCUCUGAGAAACAGUCAACCCUGUUUAGAUGGGCUAAUGAAUUUUCAUUAGCAUCACAGUCUGCUGGAAAAAGCCCUCCCAUCUACCAAACUGACAAUGUUUUCAACUCCAAAUCAUCUCCUUUGCUGGGUCAAAAUGCAUCAUUGUCAGCAUCCAAACCGUCUGCUAUGCCAUUCCAAAAUCCUUUUGGGGGAAGUUGGAAUAAAGCUGAAGAUAAAUCAGGCAAUGGGGCCUCACAAAUUGUGGAGUCUGAGGUUGCACGACAAGCUGAAAAUAAUCUCAUUCAAAAUACAUAUAUAUCUACAAUGUUGCCCUCAGAUACAAUGCCAUUGCGGGAGGAAUCCGGGGAGUUUCUAAAUUUGAACGGCGAAUUGACUUUGCCCAAAAGUUCAACAAUUGGAAGUGUGAAGCCUACGACAGCUGGUACGAGAGGUUUGACUUUUGGAUCUGGUGAACAUCAGGACUCUCCAAAUGCCACCCGAGCUACUGCUUAUGCUUCCCACAGCCCGUAUCAAAAUGUUUCCCCUUUUGGUGUUGUAUCACGUGAAAUCCAGCCUAGUCAAAAUACAUCUUCUUUUCCUACAUUCUCAGUAUCAUCAUCAACAUCAUCUUCCGCAACAAUCAAUUCCUCAUCAUCUGUCUCAUCUCUGAUGUCUACUCCACCUUCAAUUGUGCCAACAUCUACAUCUAUGUCGUCAUUUAGCAAUGCUUUUACUGGCUCGAGAGUGAGCACAGAUGCUAAUCAAAAUGUAUCUUUGACAUCUUCAUUCUCUCAAGUCGCCUCCUCUUCUGAUUCUUUCUCUCCUCAAGCUGUAAAGACACUGGCAUCCAGGUCUAUGCCCUCAUUUUCUCUAAGUUCAACAUCAGUGCCUCAUAAGACUGAACUUCAAACCUCAGUGGGAAAACUUGUUUCAAAGACAGAUGGAGAUACUACAAUAGAACCCUCUGUUCGAGCUGAACCUCCUAGAACUCCUAGCGAGUCUAGUUUGAAUCUUGAAACUGUAGUGUCAUCUACUUCUACAUCUGAAAUUCCAUCUGAAUUUUUAUCUGAAAGCUGGGACAACUUGAAGAUACCGAAUACAAUGAAUAACACACCUUUAAGUGCUCAAAUUGGACAGCCAUCUGCUGCAAAUAUUCCUUACUCAGCACCUGUCACAGUGUCCGAUUCUACUGUGAGUGGUAAAAAUGAUCCCUUAGAAGUUGCUGUUGCCGAGGAUGAGAUGGAGGAGGAGGCGCCUGAGGUAAGCCAUGCAACUGAGCUUAGUUUGGGAGGUCUUGGCAGUUUUGGGCUUGGUUCGACUUCCAGCCCCAAUGCUCCAAAAGCAAAUCCAUUCGGUGGUGUAUUUGGGAGUGCAGCAACCAAUCCAAUAAGCUCUCCUUUCCCUACGACUGUUCCUAGUGGAGAGUUGUUUCGUCCUGCAUCUUUUACCUUCCAGCCUCCGCAGCCUUCUCCACCAUCCCAGCAAACAAGCCCGGCUGCAUUCUCUGGUGGCUUUGGUGCUGCAAAUAUUGCUCAAGCUCCCACAGUUGGCUUUGGCCAGCCAUCUCAGAUUGGGGCAGGGCAGCAGGCGCUGGGAUCGGUUCUUGGUUCUUUUGGGCAGUCAAGACAGCUUGGCACAGGUUUUCCAGGGGCUAAUUCUGCUUCUGCAAGUGGUUUUGGUGGUGGUUUUGCAAAUGCUGCAACAGCAGGUGGCUUUGCUGGUGUUGCUUCUACUAGUGGUGGAUUUGCUGGUUUGGCCUCAGGUGGUGGUGGAUUUGUUGGCGCGGCUUCAGCUGGGGGAGGAUUCGGAGGAUUCGCUGGAGCUGCCUCAGCUGGUGGUGGUUUUGGAAAUGCUUCUUCAGGAGGUGGUGGAUUUGGGGCCUUCAGCAGUCAGGGACCUGGUGGUUUCUCAGCUUUUAGUGGUGGCACUGGAAAACCUCCCGAGCUCUUCACACAGAUCAGAAAAUAGACUGGAGGUUUUUUUUUUUUUAAUAGAACCAGAGUCUUAUCGUAAAUUUUUAGUAUCAUUUUCUGAAUAAAAUAGUGCCAGCACCUCUUUUUUGGAUCUUGCCUGGUUCCCCCUUCCUGCUAUGUCCUGAUAGGUGUGUAUAUUACUGUAUCUCAAGUUUUAAAUCUAGCUUCUGCAAAAUCGAAUCCUUGUUUCACACUGAUUGCUUGUCAUUUAUGAUAGUUGAUCUUUGUUGGA